GUGCACGAUCUUCGAUCGAUAUAGACGUAGUCUAUAUUGAUAGAAUCGGUGUAGGUCUGAGUUUUUGUGGCAACCAGAAACAUUUAUCCAACCCUAGCCCACAAACUGUGUUGGUUUGUCGGGCUAGGGGUCGUGUCGUGUAAACUAGAUAAGUGGACAGCACUGCUCGGUGAGAGAGAACGGCUGCGUAGUCCUAAUCUGCUGACACACACGAUUGAGAGUAUCAUGUACCCGAUUAGCAGUUCCAAAAAUCUGGCACAGGCCAGAUUUCGCAAUAUGAGUAGUCGUUCUCCGACGUCUACCAGUGAUCAUGUCCAGGUUCAUCAUGCUGCGUCGGCUAGUGUCGACUACCCUGUCGCAGGUCCGCUCAUGGCCACAUCAUCACCAACACAAUCAAGUCCAAGGAGGUCGUCGCUACCCGAUGCAGUUGUCAGGUUUGCAGAGAUGCUGAAGAAACGCUACGUUGGUGCUAAGGUACUGUUGGGCAAGGGUAUGUGCGCUAAACCGAACAGACGAGCGCUAGAUAAGAUGUUUGUGAAUGUCGUUGUCAUACCUCGUGAAGACCUGGCAUCACUGAAUGAACAAACAUUCUUCGGUUCGCAAAGCGAUGUGCAGAAGUUGAGCCAUGUCUUCUCGCGGGUUGCGGACAAAGUGCAGCACGUGCAACUGGCCAAUAUGUUUGACUUUGACGGGGAAGACAUUGAUGAAGACGAAUCAGUUCGUGUAUUGGCUGUUGCAUGUGCUGGCGCUGGCAAAACGACCAUCUUCGUGUUGAAAGGUCCGCUGGACUGGGCAAGAGGUUUAAUGUGGCACGAGUUUGACAUUGUGAGUGCGUUAGCAUUGCGUGAUGCAAGUGUUCGACAUGCCAGAAAUGUUGUUGAUCUGUUACAGCUAGAGCGCUAUGGAAUUGUAGAUGUGGAGGAGCAAAAAGAAAUUGCUUCCUUUGUUCAUGCCAAUCUGAAACAUGUGUGUGUGAUUCUGGAUGGGUUGGAUGAAACUGUGCUUGGUGACUGCAGUGAUUUUGUGCGUGGCAUUAUUCGUGGUGAGGAGUUGAAAGGCAUUCGACUGCUUCUCACGUCACGCCAUUCUGCAGAAGUGAUGAAACUGUCUGUUUCAUGUCCAUUUGAUAGGCGGGUUGAAGUACUGGGUUUCACCAAAGGCAAUGUUCGCGAGUAUGUGAACAAUGCUCUCCCAUGCACAGAGGCUAGCAGGCUACUAGAGAAGGUGGAUGCUGAUCCCAGCCUCUCAGCUAUUAUGCAAACACCUUACUUCACACAGUCGACGUGUGAUGUGUUUCGUAGUUGUGGCUCUGUACCUUCAUCACUGUUUGGUAUCUUCAUGUCGUUGAUACUGAGUAUGAUUCGACAGAACACUGAGAGUGCGUAUCCAGACUGGGUGUCUGUGCCACGCUUCCUGCAGGAGCAAAUUCUUGAGUUGGGUCAUUUUGCUUUUGUAUCGUUAAUGAAAAAGAAAGUAGUGUUCAGUGAUUCUGAUCUAGAUGCAGAGCAGGUUUCUAGAGAAAGUCGAUCACUUGGUGUUCUUGUGGCUUGUGAGUCACUGUCAUACCCGUCCAUCACUCAAUGGCAAUUCAGCCAUCUUUCAGUGCAAGAAUGUCUUGCUUCUCUUUACAUGGCAUCCACUAAUCCUGAUGCCAGUGAUGUAGAAUAUUUGGUGAGGCAAGUAGGAGCUCUGACGGGUCACUUGAGCACAUUUUGGUGUCUUCUUGCAUCACAACUGACAGCGGUCAGCAGAGAGUCGUUGAUUGCAUCCAUUCUCACACAGCGUAUCCCUGAUGAAGAGGAUGUGAACAAGCUGACAUCAUGUUGCGAUGUGAAAAAGUUUCUUCGCUGCUCCGAAGAUGAUCUUCUUGAGGUGGUAGAGUUGCUAUGUGAGCAUCUUGAUGAGGCAGCAGUGCAGAGUUUAGCAAGGUGUCUUCUUAAAGAUCUACUGCCAGACAAUGUGAGUGUGGCACAGGCCAUUGAAGAAGUUCUUCCUCACUCUUUCUCGUCGUCUUUGUACGACGUAGUUCAUGCUCUUUUGCAGCUGUGGCGUCGCAAAGUCCCCCGUGCCAGUAUGAGAAUACUGUGCACUGCCUUGAAGUUUAUCAACCUGCAUGCAUCCAACUGUCUCCACCAGUAUUUUGCAUCGGAACGCACGGAAGACUCACAGGCUGCAGAACGUCUUUCUUCAGCUGCGAUGGACAGUUCUGUACAUUCUGUCAUGACUGUUCCACCACGGGUGUCGUUUUCGCCAGCUGACGUGAUGCGUGAACACUUUACUCCAGUUCGCCGCCAAUUGUUGUUACUGGCUUGUCGUGUGUAUGCACAGCCCAGUGCAGACACAGACAACAUGACCAGCUGUAGUCAGUCUCCUUCACCUAGUCUAGAACUAGCCUUCGAACAUUAUGGCUUUGAUUUCCGGAACGUGGCUAUCUCGCCUGCUGACUGUCAUCUUCUUUCGUCUGUACUGAGGAAUCACAGUAGGUCUGUUAGUCGUGUGGAUCUGGCAAACUGUCAGAUUACUGAUGAUGGUUUUGAGCAACUCACUACUGGUCUAACUCAUUGUCAUGGGCUGGCUGAGUUCUCUCUCCCAAACAAUGCACUGACUGACUGUUCUGUGGCAUGUAUCCAUAGUGUUAUCUGUGAAAACCACACAGCUCUUCAAGAACUUUCCUUAGAGGAUUUGCAGCUGACAUCAUCUGGCUAUGCUCAGCUGGUACCCGCAGUGAUCACAUGUCAUGACCUGGUGUACCUGCACAUAGGUAGUGUGUCCUGUCAGGAUAUCAAAACUAAUGUUCUCAUAGCUAUCACCGUGCUGGCUUACUGUAAGUCUCUUACAUAUCCCCGGUUUUACUUCCCGAUCGGUGAUGAUGGUCUUGUUCUGCUUUCUGGACUGCUGACAGGACGGCCAUUUAGUACCAUGUACUUGGUGCAUGCGAUGCUCACGCCACACAGCACUGGGGUUGUCAAACACGUUCUUCGUGUGCACUCGCAGUACCUUUCACAGCUUGACUUGAGCAACAAUGAUCUUUCUGACAUGUUUCUGUGCAGCAUUGCACCAUGUCUGAAGCAGUGUAAAUCACUGAAGACACUGGCGCUCUCAGAAACAGGCCUUACAUCACAGUCACUUCCGGUACUCGCUGAAAUUGUGUCUUCUUGUCCUGAUCUCGUACUUGUUGGUCUGGAAAGGAAUGACUUUCAAGCGGAGAAUGACGAGGGCAGUAGGCAGUUUGCAUCAGCUGUAUAUGAAUGUCAAAACCUCUUGUUCCUUUCAGUACCAAAGCGAGAGUUAGUGAAUGAUCAGCUAUGGAGAUUACUUGACUUUGUUGCAGGCGAGAGAGCAGGUCAACUGCGGAUUGAUUCGCAAUGACAUUGUUGGGCAUAACCAACAGUGAAGAUAACGUGUAUAUGCGCAGUGGAAGGAAUGCUAUCGCUUGUCAGACAUGUAAACAUUAGACACAGAGAUGAACAUUAUUACUAUAAUACACUGGUCAUGUGAUGUCAUGUUGAACCACUGCUGGUGGUCAUGUGAUGUCAUGUUGAACCACUGCUGGUGGUCAUGUGAUGUCAUGUUGAACCACUGCUGGUGGUCAUGUGAUGUCAUGUUGAACCACUGCUGGUGGUCAUGUGAUGUCAUGUUGAACCACUGCUGGUGGUCAUGUGAUGUCAUGUUGAACCACUGCUGGAAUGGUUACUACUGUACAUGGUACUGAUCAGGGAAGUUGAGGAAGAGAGGGAGAGUGGGACAGGACGAUAUAUAACACUCCAGUUGUGUCUGUUGGUGGAAACACUUGCCACACACACCUGCUGUGCGGAAGCCUGCUCGUUCAGUAUAAGUUAGUGGCUUGUCUGUCCGGGAGCCACGAUGGUGAUUCAGCACGUUGUAUUCAUAAGAUGAACAUGUGAUCAUGUGAUGAAAUACUUUAUUUUUAAGAACACUCUCUCACCAUUUCACAUUUUUGUGGCAGUUUUUACAUUUCUGUUCCAUCACUUGACUAUGGCAUAUUAUGCCUAUGCCAUCACAUGCCUAUGAUGUCAUAAUAUCUAUGGUAUCACUUCAUCAUCCUCGGCGAUUCCUCGCACACGGGCCACGGCUUUGUUGUAGCUUGACUAUGACAUCACCAGACUCCAUUAUCACAUGACUAUGACAUCAUAGCAUGCCAGAAUUCUUUUUAGUUUCAGUACAAUAAUAAUAAUUAUGUUAAGAUAUGUUCUCAGUUCAGAGAGUAAAUUGGACAUUGGAGCAGAAACUGGUGGUACGGAUGUUACGCACUGACGUUGAUCAUGACCAGCAGUCACGUGACUGGAGAGUGAAAAGAGUGAAAGAUUUUCAGAGAUCUCAGCGUACUGGCUGUUCUCUGUUAUUCCUCCGCGGUCAUGAAGCGAAGCUGAGUGGCAUUCAGUAGCAUUCGCCUGCCGGGGAAAAUCACAGGAUUGGAGGGCAUAGAUGGUGGUAGUUGUGUGCCGAACGCUCUAAUGCAAGUAUAUCUGCCAGAAGACUGUAGUGAAGUGAUGUGUGGCUCAGUCCCCAGCCGCAGUGGAGCCGUGUUGUGGCGCGCACUGUGCGUCCUGCGGCUGCUGCUUUCGUUCGGUCUAGGGCAGGAAUAGACACCGCUGUUCAGGUUCUCCCCCGGCCAUACGUAUGUCUCGGGGAAACAGUCGUAGGUGACCUGAAUCCCGGCGACCUCUCGUUGUGUCCCGGACGCCGUGGGACGGCAUUCUCCUCUUCUCUCAGUCUCGGGGAAACAGUCGUAGGUGACCUGAAUCCCGGCGACCUUUCGUUGUGUCCUGGACGCCGUGGGACGGCAUUCUCCUUCUCUGCUCCUCCGGGCCGACGUGACCCUUGUGGCAGUGGCUCGAUAGGACAGGACAGGACAGUGUUUAUUGCGGAUAGCGUUGCCAGUGUCUCUAGUGUUACUGCUGCUUUCUCCAUGGUCAGCUGUGCUGAACAGUGAUCCGUUACGUGUGUGUGAGCGAGUACUCAGAUGAUGGGCAGAAAUCUGGAUGGCAGAGCUGCAUCUUAGUAAGGCGGAUUAUAAACAGUGGCGGCGUGGUUGCUCAUAUUGCAGCGGGUUGUUCUGCCAUGGUCUCCAUAUGCAAAGUGAUCUGUUGGCUAAUGGACGGAUGCCGGGAUGGUUCAGAAUGAAAGCUGCUGCUGCUGUUGCUGUUGUUGUUUCUGCUGCUUGCCUGUUUAUUCCUCUGUUGCAGUUGCAGUUGCUGGUCGAGUUGCUGACAGUGUGAUGCUGCUGUGAUAGAGAUCAUGACUCAUGGUGAUGUCAGUAGCUGUACUAUUCCUCUGCUUCAUCUCUGGUCCUGGGUAACAGGAAUUAGAUGUAUGCAGAUCAGUGACGUUUCUGAUGACGUACACAAACCUGGAUGAUAUUGCUUCAAUGCAGAAAGCUGUUGUUGCUGUUGUUGGUGAUUCAGAGGAGGUGAUUUCUCGGUGGCAUUCAGUAGCAUUCGUCUGCUGGGGAAAAUCACAGGAUUGGAGGGCAAAGAUGGUGGUAGUUGUGUGCCAAACGCUCUAAUGCAAGUAUAUCUGCCAGAAGACUGUAGUGAAGUGAAUAUGUUUGUGUUAUCGUAUCAACAGCAGAGCGGUCGUCCUGUUAUUUCUGCAGCUGUGUAGCAGAUGAAUGUGACUACUACAAGUGUGUGGCUCAGUCCCCAGCCGCAGUGGAGGCGUGUUGUGGCGCGCACUGUGCGUCCUGCGGCCGCUGCUUCCGUUUGGUCCAGGGUAGGAAUAGACACCUUUGCUCAGGUUCUCCCCCGGUUAUACGUCAGUCUUGGGGUAACAGUCGUAGGUGACCUGAAUCCUGACGACCUCUUGUUGUGUCCUGGACGCCGUGGGACGGCGUUCUCCUCUUCUCUCUCCGUUGCUCCUCCGGGCCCACGUGACCUUGUGGCAGUGGCUCGAUAGGACAGGACGGGACAGGGUAUAUUUCGGAUAGCGUUGCCAGUCUCUCUAUUGUUACUGCUGCUUCCUCCAUGGUCAGCUGUGCUGAACAAUGAUCCGUGACGUGUGUGUCAGCGAGUACUCAGAUGAUGGGCAGAAAUCUGGAUGGCAGAGCUGCAUCUUAGUAAGGGGUAUUUUCAGCAGUGGCGGCGUAGUUGUUCUUAUUGCAGCGGGUUGUUCUGCCAUGGUCUCCAUAUGCAAAGUGAUCUGUUGGUUGAUGGACGGAUGCCGGGAUGGUUCAGAUUUGAAAGCUAUUGUUGAUGUUGUUGGUGAUUCAGAGGAGGUGAUUUCUCGGUGGCAUUCCGUAGCAUUCGUCUGCCGGGGAAAAUCACAGGAUUGGAGGGCAAAGAUGGUGGUAGUUGUGUGCCGAACGCUCUAAUGCAAGUAGAUCUGCCAGAAGACUGGAGUAAAGUGAAUAUGCUUGUGUUAUCGAAUCAACAGCAGAGCGGUCGUGCUGUUAUUUCUGCAGCUGUGGAGCAGAUGAAUGUGACUACUACAAGUGUGUGGCUUAGUCCCCAGCCGCAGUGGAGGCGUGUUGUGGCGUGCACUGUGCGUCCUGCGCCCGCUGCUUCCAUUCGGUCCAGGGCAGGAAUAGACACCGCUGCUCAGGUUCUCCCCCGGCCAUACCUCAGUCUUGGGGUAACAGUCCUAGGUGAUCUGAAUCCUGGCGACCUCUUGUUGUGUCCUGGACGCCGUGGUACAGCGUUCUUGUCUUCACUCUCCGUUGCUACUCCAGGCCCACGUGACCCUCGUGGCAGUGGCUCGAUAGGAAAGGACAGCGUUGCCAGGGUCUCUACUGUUACUGCUGCUUCCUCCAUGGUCAGCUGUGUUGAACAGUGAUCCGUUACGUGUGUGUCAGCGAGUACUCAGAUGAUGGGCAGAAAUCUGGAUGGCAGAGCUGCAUCUUAGUAAGGGGUAUUAUCCGCAGUGGCGGCGUGGUUGCUCUUAUUGCAGCGGGUUGUUCUGCCAUGGUCUCCAUAUACAAAGUGAUCUGUUGCUUGAUGGACGGAUGUCGGGAUGGUUCAGAAUUGAGUUUUGCAGUUGCUGGUACAGUUGCUGAGAGUGUGAUACUGCUGUGAUAGAGAUCAUGACUCAUGGUGUUGUCAGUAGCUGUACUAUUCCUCUGCUUCAUCUCUGGUCCUGGGCAACAGGAAUCAGAUGUAUGCAGAUCAGUGAGGUUUCUGAUGACGUACACAUACCUGGAUGAUAUUGCUGCAAUGCAGAAAGCUAUUGUAGCUGUUGUUGGUGAUUCAGAGGAGGUGAUUUCUCGGUGGCAUUCAGUAGCAUUCGUCUGCCGGGGGAAAUCACAGGAUUGGAGGGCAAAGAUGGUGGUAGUUGUGUGCCGAACGCUCUAAUGCAAGUAUAUCUGCCAGAAGACUGUAGUGAAGUGAAUAUGUUUGUGUUAUCGUAUCAACAGCAGAGCGGUCGUCCUGUUAUUUCUGUAGCUGUGUAGCAGAUGGAUGUGACUACUACAAGUGUGUGGCUCAGUCCCCAGCCGCAGUGCAGGCUUGUUGUGGCGCGCACUGUGCGUCCUGCGGCCGCUGCUUCCAUUCGGUCCAGGGCAGGAAUAAACACCGCUGCUCAGGUUCUCCCCCGGCCAUACGUCAGUCUUGGGGUAACAGUCCUAGGUGACCUGAAUCCUGGCGACCUCUCGUUGUGUCCUGGACACCGUUGGACGACGUUCUCCUCUUCUCUCUCCGUUGCUACUCCAGGCCCACGUGACCCUUGUGGCAGUGGCUCGAUAGAACAGGACAGGACAGGGUAUAUUUCGGAUAGCGUUGCCAGUGUCUCUACUUUUACUGCUGCUCCCUCCCUGGUCAGCUGUGCUGAACAGUGAUCCGUUACGUGUGUGUCAGCGAGUACUCAGAUGAUGGGCAGAAAUCUGGAUGGCAGAGCUGCAUCUUAGUAAGGGGUACUUUCCGCAGUGGCGGCGUGGUUGCUCUUAUUGCAGCGGGUUGUUCUGCCAUGGUCUCCAUAUGCAAAGUGAUCUGUUGGCUGAUGGACGGAUGCCGGGAUGGUUCAGUAUUGAAAGUUGCAGUUGCUAGUACAGUUGCUGAGAGUGUGAUGCUGCUGUGAUAGAGAUCAUGACUCAUGGUGAUGUCAGUAGCUGUACUAUUCCUCUGCUUCAUCUCUGGUCCUGGGCAACAGGAAUCAGAUGUAUGCAGAUCAGUGAGGUUUCUGAUGACGUACACAUACCUGGAUGAUAUUGCUGCAAUGCAGAAAGGUGCUUCUGCUGUGGUCUUGCAGGACAUCUUCUAGUUGUGGAAAUGAUUUGUUUGGGUGACUGAACAGAAGACUGUAUGGUUCAUAUUGGAAAGCUGCUGUUUCUGCGGCUGUUAUCGCUGCCUUUGUUGUUGUUGCUGCUGUUUCUGCGGCUGUUACUGUGCAUGCCAUGGCUCAUGUUUCUGCAGGAGCUGUUGUUAUGGUUACCUGUGUUGUGGAUGAUCAGGUUGCUGGUGUAGGAGACCUGAACAUUACUGUCUACUGUUCAUUACUAGAAGAAUGCAGAGGAUUGUCAAGAUGUACAUUGUACAUGUCUAUCUGUUCAGACAGUACACAAGGUGAAUGAAGAUGGAACAUAUCCAUUUCAUCAAUAAUUGUUCUCUUCUCAAUUGUUUUUGUUUUGGUCUUGAAACUUCUACCUUCCUUGUCGGAGAAGUAACGUUGUCCCCCCCCCCCUCCCACCCCCUCCUUUAUCACCCCUCCCCCUUAUCAUCCCUCCUCCUCCCCCUCCCUUAUCACCCCUCCCCCUCCCCCUUUAUCCUUCCCCAACCACACGAAUCAUUGUGUAUUUUAAAUUUUACACACCGCUAGGCUAGGCAAGUUUUCAUGGUAUUUUCUUGCGGUAAUAACUGCUGGUGACUACUUCAAUUUCACUAGAGAAAUGAAAAGACCAUGGUUUACCGGUACUUUCUCUGUGUGUUUGUUCAUGAUCACAUUCAUACACAAAUACUCGUCUGGGUAUCCAUGUUGCACUAUAAUAAAUACUGGCCUCGUUUUUGCUGCUGUCCAUGUAAUGGACUGCAUAAAAUUAUUAUUUUCCACUGCAUUCUGCACCCGUUUUCUUCCUACUGUUUCCCAUAACUCAGGUGAUAUGUUAUUACCAGUGAUGUGUUUGACUACUUCUCUUGGCACAUAUAGCUGAUACUAGUGAUAGUAAAACUGGAUGCUGUUCUCCAAUUCAUGACUGUAUAUUAUGACUGUAUAAACUGAGUACGGUACUCGAGUACUUGUGUAGUUCAAUA